AUGGGCUCUCAACCACCCCGCAUCCGCCUGGCCAUCCUCGAGGCCGACACACCGCAGCCGCAAACCAACGCCCAGUACGGCGGCUACGGCGGCGUCUUCACGGCACUCCUGCGCACCGCCGCCUUGGCCGACGACCCGCCCGCGCCGCUCGACAGCAUCGUUGACCUCUCAGUCUACCACGCCGUCGGCGAUGACGCCGUCUACCCGGACCUGGACUCCAUCGACGCCAUCCUCAUCUCCGGCAGCAAACACAACUCAUUUGACAACGACCCAUGGAUCUUGAAGCUGAUCGAGUUCACCAAGAAAUGCAUCGACAGCGGGCGGGUGAGGGUCAUCGGAGUAUGCUUCGGCCACCAGAUUGUGGGACGGUCACUAGGCGUCGAGGUUAAGAGGAGCGACCUCGGCUGGGAGGUGGCUGUCGUUGAUGUCAACCUGACGCCCAAGGGCAAGGAGAUUUUCCAGCUGGAAAAGAUGCGCAUCCACCAAAUGCAUCGCGAUGUCGUAACAGCAAACCCGGCUGGCGCCGAGUCCCUGGCAUACACGGAACUGUGCCCCGUCCAGGGCUUUUACUCACCAAAAAAGUUCAUCACUGUCCAGGGCCACCCCGAGUUCACCGGCCCCAUCGUCAGUGAGAUUCUCAAUGUUCGCCACAAGGCCGGUGUCUUUGACGAGGCCAUGUUUACUGAUGCCAUCAACCGCGCAAACAUUGAGCACGAUGGUGUCAACAUUGCUCGCGGUUUCCUGCGCUUCCUUAGAGAAUGA